CCUCUCCUUCUUUUCCUUUCCCUUGUCCACGAACUUGUUCCGCUGGAGGCAAUCUGGGCACGAUGCCUGCCGUGGUCGCAAAAGGUUAGUCUAGAUCCAGCAUCCAAUCCCCGGACUUGAUAGGCGGUGGGAUCACCAGACACCCUGCAAGGCAGAUCUCAUGGGCCUCGCAUGGACGCGCAAGUCAGUCAAGUCGACUUCGCCUUCGCCUCCGAGGCACCAACUUCUGGACAUUCAUUACAUGCUCCUAUCAAUAUCUUCCAGAGUGUCCAGUCGAGCAGAACUUUUCUUCCUUCAAAUCGUCAACCUAUUUUCCUACUAUCUUGAAUUUCUUCGUACUUUUCAGGCAUGCCGUCUCACCCAGUUGUCGUUUCAGGUGCCAUUGUGGUAGUCGCCGCCGCAGUUGCUGCUGCUAUCGCGGUCUACGAAUCCCCUCAAGCACGACAAUUCGCAGAAGAUGUCCGCCGUCGAAUAGCCAUUGCCCUACACUCCCUUGGUGACGAAAUCAACCCCGCAUCCCAACAACCUCGAUUCAACCGCCCCGAAGACGCGGAAGGAUUCCUACAAAGCCAAGCCAGCGCAGAUCUAGGCGUAGACGCAGACGAGGAGUCCAAACGUCGUCAGCGUGAGGAGCUGAUGUACUGGAAUGCUGUGCAUUUGGAGAAGUUGGAGAAGGAGCGGAAGUUGAAUGGUGACAGACCGGCAAAUCGAAGCCGUGGAUCAAGUUUCGAUGAUUUCUUGCAGGAGGACGCUACAGCUGAGAAAGGCACAUACGUAUACAAUACCGGCACAGAUGUCCGCGGCGAGGCUGAGGAGGGCCUUCGAAGCCGUAACGUCAGAGGAUUGAACCGAGGCUCAUUCUACGCCAAUCCCUUCAGCGACGAACACAACAUCGACACGGACGAACAGCAAGCCGUAGACUCCAGUCUCAUGUCCCCAGAAGAAUCAGAGAAAGUAGAAGUCAUGUCCGACCUCUACUCCGCGAACGAAGAGCCCAGAGAAAGCCGCCAGACAACCGCCACCAUUGCCGAGCAAUUAGUCGAUACCUCGGACGCCGUUCCGGACCCACCAGUCUCCUACCCUAUGAUGGAAGACCCCAUGGGAGAAGAUACAGAUUACGCGAACAUGGCAGCACGAGACGAUUCGGCUUACGCAUCUAUUCACGCUUGGGCCGACAACGCAAACAGCAGUUUCUACUCCCCCUUACCCGUAACACCACGCUCCGCAUCACCGCGUCUACAAAUCGUCCCCGGCUCACCAACUUUCAGCGACCCAGAUAUUUCCGUCCCAGGAAGUGGCGAGGCUACACCUACAGACUCUGUAUCGCUAGCUGGUUCUGGUGAAGAAAUCUGGGCUCCGAGAAGUGGUGCGACGAGCGAGGCGGACGUGAUGAGCGUUGAUGGGGAGGGGAUCUCGACGCCUGGAUCUUGGACCGAGGUUGGUAGUGAGGUUAGCGAGAAUGAUGUUGGUGUGCUGCAUAAUUAGACGUGCUGUCCUGUUCUAUUCUGCGCACAAGAGGGGUUUGGAUUGAUGGCUGGCGCAUGGGGCUGUAUGGACAUUAGGGGGAGCACAUAUGGGAAUGAGGGGGUUCUGGCCUGGACUGGGUGGCUGGCGUUUAGAGUUCCUUCGCUUGUGAUUGUUGAUUUGGUUUUGCUCAUGCUCGUAGGCGUAUUUUGGAUACUACGAAUAAGCACGUAGC